UUACUAGCAACCAGCCUAAAUGAUCUACAAGCCUUACUAGACCGAGUGAGAACUGUGAGCGUAACAUACGGACUAGACCUUAAUAUUAAGAAAGCUAAAUUCAUGGUUGUCAUCCGUGGAAAUUUAGAUCCCGGGGCACUAAUGGCAGGUAGCGAAGAGAUCCAGCGAGUCGACAGAUUCACUUACCUCGGAACUCCCCUUAACUCACAAUGGGACUACGCUCAAGAGAUUAGAUCAAGGAUUGAAAUGGCACGGUCUCCAUUUAUCAAAUUGAGAUCCUUGCUGUGCUGCAGUGAUCUCAGUUUGAAAACCAAGAUGCGAAUAGUGAGGUGCUACGUUCUUCCAGUGUUACUUAAAAAUAUCGUAUGUGGACGAUGUCACCAACGUUGAGGUGCUACAGUGCAUAAGAAAAGAAAAAGAAUUGCUUUAUUUAGUGAAACAACGUAAGCUUGAGUACCUCGGGCACGUGAUGCUAAACGAAGAAAAAUAUCAAAUUUUUCAA